CCCCCCCCUCAUCAACGUACAAUUGCUUAUUAUGAAUGCAUUUUGCAUUUGCGCAACGACGCACGUUCAUGAACAAUUCGUAUCUGGACGUGGCUCAUCCCUAAUUGCCCCAAUUUGAGUCAAGUCACGGUGAGUCAGUGUUCGGGCUUGUUCGCGCAACAUUCUCCAUCGCAUGAGCCAUCAGCAUUGCAACUCCAACUGUAACCAUACACUCUCGACGCUGUACACACAGUCCCUCACAGAGCUCGACUUUGAACGGUCAAUUCAUGGCUGUGCUCAACGUGGAGAUGUGGCAAAGGUCAGGAAAUGGCUUUUGAAAUGUUGUCCUGAUGAACGAGAUCGUGCAGGAUACACGGCCCUGCACUAUGCGGCCCGUCAGGGACAUGUCGAUGUUUGCAGAGUCAUUCUCGAAAGCGGAGGAGACCCAAAUGCGAAAACGCACGAGAUUGGGGCGACACCACUUCAUAAAGCAAUUCUUUCCCGUAACUUUCCGACGGUUGACCUCCUUCUCUCUUAUGACGCACUAGCUGAUAUGGCAGAUAAUGACGGGCGAACACCAUGGCAUGUAGCCGCUUGCGUUGGGGAUGUAAACAUUCUCAGAAGAAUGCUUCAGAUCUCGAGAGGGGUGGCUAUGGUGAAGGAUAAGCACGGGAGAUUACCUGUUGAUCUCGCAAAGAGUGAGGAGAUUGUCGUCAUACUACAGUGAUCUCAUGCUAUGUACAUCGAUUGGGACGCUUGCCUUGUUUGUUUUUUAUUUGUUUCUUUGCUUGCAAUGGCGGGUAUUCACCAAAACGUGAACCCGGGCCCGGGCUUUUUUGUGAAAUUCCCGCCCAUACUCUAUGUGUACAGCAUCUGGCGGGUACGCCGUUCCGCUGCAUUGGACUCAAUACAAAGAAUGAAAGGGAAAUCAUUAUUAAGGGAUCACACUACAAAAACUCUCCAAAACCCCGCUAUGAACACAUGGG